CCUGUCAGCACGGCUCCCUCCUCCCUCCUUGCCGCUCCCAGCGACUUUCCCUCCCCUCGGCAUGUUUCUCUGGCGUGGUGCGGUGCCGGCUCCUUCCUAGUCUGCUCUUUGACUCGUGCCCACCGCUUUUCCUUUCUCGGCCUCCAAAAUCAACCUACGUUUUCCGGAAGGGCUCAGGCUCCCCUGGUCCUUCAUCCGAUGUUGAGACAAUUGGGUGAUGUCGAAAGUUGUGAUCCAGCUGAGCCGGGCCAGCCCGUCAGCCUGCGAUGGAAGGACUGUCCCUGCAGGGUUUCAGGGCACGAGAAGUCACUUCACACAGCCUUGCUGGUGUUAAUCACAGCGUUUUAUUUAGCUAAGAGUAAAGCUCCUGAGCGAAUGCAAACCUGUAACGUAGUGCUCCACGUAAAAGAGACAAAGCACUUCCCAUCCUCUUCUUCGCUGCCCUGUCAUUUCUUCGGAAGUGUGAUUCUUCUAAUGCUUUCAGUUCAAAGCAUUAACAUUUUUUUAAAUACACACCAAAGUUUCGUGUUGUGCAUGUGUGCGCACACCAUAUAAUUUCAUGAAAAGAUGAAUUCAGCUCUCUGAUAACAGCUUCAGCUGCCACCGUGACUGCUCUGUGGAUAAGGGUGAAACUAUACAUACAUGUUGGGUUACAGUAACUAGAAAUAAUGCCUUUUUGGCUUGGAGUUCCCUUGAAUCAAUGGUUCACUCUGCCUGAUAAGCUUCGCUGCCCAAGUACAACCCAGACUCAACACUGAUUAAUUAAAAAAUAUUGCACAUACAGAAUAAUAUAAAUAAAAGCUUAGGAAAAAAGAUAAUCUAAUGUGCUUUCGGUAACAUCACAAAGUCUGCCUGCAUGGAGCAUCUUGCAGGAUUAAAUAACAACAAAUACAGUGUUUAUUAUUGCUGACAGUAAGUAUUCCCUCUUUUGGAGAGAAUUUUAGCAGAUCUAUACAAACGUAAUUAUCCAAACGGUCAUUUUGGAAGGAGAGGAUGGCCCUGCAGAGAGCAGGAAUCUGAUUUUUUUCUCUCAUUCACUGUAAGAAAAAAAUCAACUGUAUCUUAAAUUGUAUGUAUUUCUUUGCCCUUACACCCCUGACACAAACAAAUUCUGAUCUCAUGAAUGCAAAGGAAUGCACUUGGUCAGCCUGGUUACUGGUUUAAAUACAAGGGUAUUCUUCACUUUCCAGCAAGCAGAAAUACUUGCUACUCCAAUGACUAAAUGUAUUGGCAUAUGUGUAAUACACUGUCCUUCUCUUUCUAGAAAAGCCACACUCUUACUGUAUAGAAGAAACAAGCUGUUCAUACCUUACCUAAAAUUUCUGUGUCUUCCUAUUAAAUUUUGAAGGAAAAAAACCCAAGAUUUUUUAUAGGCCUACCACUUUUGAUCUACUUCUGGUUUCACUUUCUCUUUCUUUUCUGUUCAUAGAGCAUCUACACUGUUCUGGAGAUAUUUUGUUGACUUCUCUUGCUGUUUUACAUACAGACCUACAUUUCUUCAUACCUUCACUUUUUCUGCCCAAAGCUCUAUUUGUGUUAGAUUAUAUCCACUUGUUGAUCUUACUAGCCGUAUACUUACCCAUCCAACCAUAUGCAACUGCCCUAAUGUAUUCCCCUGUCUAUUUUUUUCCCCAAAGUUAUCAAUUGUUGCUUCCAAGGCUGCCCCCAGAUUCCUGAGAAUAAAUUUGUAACUCUUAGGUAGUCCUUUGAGGGCUGCUUCCAGCAGCUGCUUGGAGGAAGUGCAGGAGGGGGAGGGGCUGCAGAAGCCCUGAUUUAGGGGUGCUCCGGUUGGUGCCAUGUUUCACCAUAAGUUAUCCUACCUUAUACCCAUGGCCAGCAAUGAAUAGAACUGCACCUCUUGCCCCUCAGGUUCCUUGGUUUGCUAAGUGAGCGUGAGGCACUCUGUCACACAGGCUCCUUACAAAAUGCUGUUGUAGCUGAUCUAAAUAAAUAAAUUGUUGCUGAGCAAAAAGUUUGGCUCCUCCUGUUCUGAUGGUCCAGAGGGCUUGUCAAUACCUAGGAUAAAUUAAUUGUUUCAGUCUGGGAAGAAUCAGGUUUGUAUCUGGUAUUUCUCAGGAGAGGGCAUAACCAUCAUAAAUGCUUAAUUAUUUGAUGUUGGGUUUGUAUUCAGCUAGAUAGCACACACUUUUAACCUAAAUUUUCAGUAUCUCUAUAUAUCUUUUACAUAGACGUAAUCUAACUUUGCUUUCAUUGAGUUCUGCUCUUGUCUCUCCCACCCACUUCAGUGAGAGUGACUGAUACCAGAAGGAAGAUCUAUUUUUCAUGUUUGGACAGACAAGUGAUAGCCAAAAUACUUUGCUCUUCCCAUUACAUGUAGAUAUUUUUACUAUUUAUUAAUAUUUCUUCCUUUCUUUUAGCUAUUUACGUUUCUGUAUUCGAAUCCCACCCCUUUCCCUUUUCAGAAUUCUAGUCCUGGCUCUGCUUUGCUCUUUAAGCCUCAGCAAAUCACUUGUACCUUUGUAAACCACAUUGCUUAUCAUGAAACAGAUCCUUGCCUAGGUGUAAAUACCAUUUAUGCAGUAGCUUGGAUUGAGAGGUGUUACUAAAACGUGAUCUGUGGAUAUUAGAGGAAAAUGCCUGUUAAGAGAUGUCUACUGUUGCAUCUGUGCAACUACUGUUGAGUUUUACAUGGAAGUCAUUUGCUUUUCAGAGAUUAAAAAAAUGGAUUUGGCCAACCAUGGACUUAUUCUGCUGCAGCAACUAAAUGCUCAGAGGGAGUUCGGUUUCCUCUGUGACUGCACAGUUGCUAUUGGUGAUGUCUACUUCAAGGCACACAAAUCGGUCCUUGCUUCUUUCUCCAACUACUUCAAGAUGUUGUUUGUUCAUCAAACCAGUGAAUGUGUCCGUUUGAAAGCAACUGACAUACAGCCAGAUAUCUUCAGUUAUCUCUUGCAUUUGAUGUACACUGGGAAGAUGGCACCACAACUCAUUGACCCAGUUCGACUAGAACAGGGAAUAAAGUUUCUGCAUGCAUAUCCACUAAUUCAAGAGGCCAGCCUUGCAAGUCAGGGAACUUUUUCUCACCCGGAUCAAGUUUUUCCAUUAGCAUCUUCAUUAUAUGGCAUUCAGAUCGCAGAUCACCAGAUAAGACAUCCCACUAAGGUUACAUCAGGAACUGACAAACUCGGGCGAGAACCAAGACCACAGACAUCACGGAUGAACCAAGAGCAGGUUUCUGAAGGUUCACAGCUCUCGCAGUUAGCUACCACUCUGCCACAAGUGACCAGGACAAACAUGUCCACUUCUGACCCAUUGCCAUCUUCUUUAUCUCCAGAAUUGGUGUCUGCUGCUGGUAAUAACUCACCUGCAGGAGAAGAGGCCAACAUGGAAGCAUCUUCUUCAGAUGAACAGCCUGCCUCACUCACAAUAGCACAUGUCAAGCCAAGCAUUAUGAAAAGGAAUGGAAGCUUCCCAAAAUACUAUGCCUGCCACCUCUGCGGCCGCCGGUUCAAUUUGCGAAGUAGUUUGCGUGAGCACUUGCAGAUUCACACAGGGGUUCCCUUCACGUCUAGCCAGCAAGGAGAAAGCAAUAUAUCUUUGUCUCUCUGUAACAACACAGCUGAUAAAGAUGCUGUGGAAGUGCCUGAAGCAGGGAUGAUUAGUGACAGCGAGCUGCAGCAGAUCUCAGACUCCCCGAUAAUUGAUGGCCAGCAGCAGUCAGAGACACCACCCCCCUCUGAUAUUGCAGACAUAGACAACUUGGAGCAGGCAGAUCAAGAGAGGGAAGUAAAAAGACGGAAAUACGAGUGUUCCAUCUGUGGUCGCAAAUUUAUUCAGAAAAGCCACUGGAGGGAGCACAUGUACAUACACACUGGUAAGCCCUUCAAGUGCAGCACUUGUGACAAAAGCUUUUGUAGGGCUAACCAGGCUGCCAGACACGUGUGCCUAAACCAGAGCAUGGACACGUACACCAUGGUGGACAAACAGACUCUGGAACUCUGUACUUUUGAGGAAGGCAGUCAAAUGGACAACAUGCUAGUACAGACCAACAAGCCCUACAAAUGUAACUUGUGUGACAAAACGUUUUCAACUCCCAAUGAAGUAGUCAAACAUUCGUGCCAAAAUCAAAACUCUGUCUUUACGCUAGAAGAAGAUCGCUCCAUUCUGCUAGGUGGUGGGGACACAGAAGCCACAGAGACUGAUAAUGCAGUGUUAGCCUCCAUCAAAAAGGAGCAGGAAGCAGUGUUGUUAGACUGAAUGUGAAACCUAUAUAAUUUUUUUUAAGUUUCUUUACUCAUUUUUUAUUAAAUCAACUUUUUCCUCCCCAAAACUCUUACCUCACUUAUCCCUGCCAUCUUUUCCACCAGCCUCCUUCCCACCCUUUGUCUUCGGCAACCAGAACUGUACUGGCACGUUAGGAAAUUGGACUUUGCCUCUCCCACCACAACAAACGGAAAGCUCUUGCAUCAAACCAAAAUGUAAUUGAUUUUAAUACAAAGGAAAGUGUGAAAAAAUAAUCCAGCUAACUAUGUUGAUAGUAUUAGUUAAUCCAAAUUUAAUAGAUUUUUAAUAAAAUUUAGAUUUCUUAAAAGUGUAUUUAGAUACAAUGAUGAGUGUAAUGAGAAACAGAGUAUCAGUUUGGUAAGCAAAGAAAAUAUAUAUAUGUGUAUAUAUAUAUUAGUUUCCCUGGUAAAAGGCAUUUCAAGAAGAUCUGACAAACACCGUGCUCUUUAGAAGUCCACAUGCAAGUUGAUUAAGGUUAUAACUGAAAACUCUCCGAACUUUUCUCAAUGAAUGCAAAAAUCUCUAUUCAUUGAGUUAAAAAGAGCUGAGGGUUUUGGUUUCUUUUACCUGUAUGUUUUCUGUCAAGUAUGCCUUUGGGUAUCUGUUUCAGAUAGCAUCAAUGAGUCAAGUGAAGUAGUUACUUAGUCAAAUUUUGACUUAAGUAGCUGUAAUAAUAAUGUGAUGGCAAUCUUUAUAUAUAUAUAUAUAAAUCCUUUAUAUGUAUGAAGAUUUUUUAUAUAUAUAUAUAGAAAGUGUUUGUGUGUAUAUUUGGUACAGGUAAAUAAAUGCACACAUCCUUUUUAAGUAACUGGCUGUCUCCUCUCAGAUUCAGCCCAGAAAGUCUUUUAGUUGUUCGACAAAACUAGUCAUUGCACAGGUUAUUUUUAAUCAAAUUUAAAACAUCCUAAGCUGUGUGCAUUCUUAUUUGCCUGUUGAAGAGAAGCUAAUAGGUAAGUGUUGUCACCCAAGCUACAAAAGAAACUAGAGAAGUGCUGUACUGGUGAGCACUGUGGCAUCAUCAGUGCAGCACGUGCAUGUGGUGUUAGCUGUAGGUUUGAGUCAUUCUGGGUAAAAGGAGAGAGAACAGCUUUAUUGCCUCUCUCAGGCAAGAAAUGUCCAUGGUUUCAUUUGGUCUAAUGGUGUGAGUUAAGAGGAAGAAAAAGUGGUCAGAGAUGUUCUCGCAACAGGGGAUCAUGAUUGUUUUAAAGUGAAUCUGUAGUGCUGACAGGCAAAUUCUGCUCUGUGAGUUUCCUGUUAUUUUCAAAGCCAAGACAAAGUCUGCAAAAACUGAAAGAAUGAAUUCUGUAGUUUUCGUUUUAGCUGAUGGUGUAGCACUGCAUCUUUGUGUUAAAAAUCAAGUUGCUGGUUCCUAAUCUUUUAUAUAGAUGCCCAGAUUUUUUUGCUGGUAGCCUAAAAACCUAAACUGACAGCAGCAGUGAAAGCCAUGGAGCAAUGACCGGGGCCAAGAGAAGGCGUAAGCGGACAGAACAAGUGCCCCAUCAUAAACGGAGAUGGUGUGUGUUUUGGGGGGAGGGGCGGGAGAGGGCAAGUCACAAACCACAGCUCUUCUCUGUGUAUACGUUUAAACUGAAUAUCAUCUUUUUUGUGUAUAGUUAAGUUCUCAGAUUUGUAAGUUUUUAUACAUCAUUUCAUUGAAUAAAAACCGAAUUAAAUGGGAUACGAUUUACUGAGUUGAAGGUGAAAGGUUGUUGGCUUUCAGUCUUCCUGGAAGAGUUCUUACUGAAUCAAUUUAAAAGUCAAGCAAUGUAUUUUGUGCAUCAGACUAAAACCUCUGUCAUGCAUAUGAACAAAUAGCUUACUAAAGCUUAAAGGAGUGGAUUUGGCACAAAGAGUCUCUACGUAUUAGUUUUUUCAGUUUAUUAUGACAAUUAUUGUCAAGAUUAUUGUGAGUGAUGUUGAGUUUAUUAUCUCUCUUGUAUUAGAGUAAUAGAUCUAAAAUCAAUUUAUUUUACUUCAAAAUAUAGAAGUGUUUUCAGGUAAAAUAGUAACAUCUUACAGAUUUUUUUUAGUGUUGCCCAUUUUAAAACUUUUUUAGGAUCUUCAUUUACCAAUGUAAUUUCUUCAAAUGUGUUUUUAUAUUUAAUCUCACUUGGUCUGAAAUGCUCUCAGAGCAGGAAAAAAAAAAAGAAUAAAUCUUUCCUAAUUCAGGGUAAGGUCAGCUUUUGAGGUAGCUGUGGUUUAGGGGAUAAUCAGAAGUUAAUUUCCAAAAUUACUACAGCUGCUAAAGGCGCUACCACCUCAGCUUUUAGUUACUGCUUAGCCAGGUGCUCUUCUUUUUCAGCACUCCAGCUCUGCUCCAGUGCAGAAUACAGCAGUUCAGCUCAACUCCCCAGGUGGCCGGUUGUAUCACAAGGGUGCACAUGGCCAUACCAUUUUUUUGAGACAUACGGCAGAGUCUUUACCAUAUUCCUGCUCUCGUUUCUCCUUUUCCACUUUGGAAGAACAUGUUUGGAAAGCAUGUUUGCUCAGUUACAUGUUGAAUGGGCUCAAGUGAACUGACUCCACUGAAAAACAGCUAGUCUUAAAAAAUGCUGGGUUUCUGUCAAAUCUGUUCCCCGUUUUAAUUCUGCAGAGGGCUUCAGAGAACUCUCAGGUUGUGCCAGGGCAGAAAAGAGCAGGGAGGAGGCUUACUGAAGCCAGUGUUGCUGCUGGCAUCAUUCAGCAUGAAGAGAAUGGGAAGCGGUGACUCCCACUUGGGCAGGUCCCUCAUCUGGUGAGCAGUGGCCUUGUAAAGUCGGUGUACAGCCCAGAAGGAAGGGGUGGUGUAGGGCAGGGAACAAGCAGCCAGAGAAGUUGGUUAUGACAGCACGGCUACUGCAAGAAACAUGACAUUUCAGGCUCAGCAGAGAUACUCUCACCUGUUGAUAUUUAUUCCUAAGAAAGAACACUUGUCAGGUAAAUUUUUAAAAAAAUCACAAUAAAGAUACUAUUUUUAUAUGUGCUCA